AUGGUGACGCUGCGGACCGUGGCGUCCGCUCUCGCCAGCGUCGCGCUGUGUGCUUACUCGUCGCUGGCAUACUCUGUCAAGCGAAACCCCGUCGGCUACGUCUCCCUCGUCGACGACCCGGUCAUCAAGACCCCCUCUCACCGCGUCCACUCCUUUUCCAAGUUCGACCUCACAUUCACCCUUCACAAUGGGCGCCAGAGCAUACGACUGGCCCUCGAGCCCAACGACGAUAUUCUACACGAUGACUUCGCCAUCACCAUCAUGGGCCAGGACGGUAUCGUGCGUGAGGUGCAAAAGGUGCCGAGGACGGAACACAGGGUAUACCGCGGCGAUGCCUUUAUCGAGCGGCCUGGCCACGAAGGCUGGUCCAAGGCUGGGUGGGCACGAGUGACGGUCCAUCGCGAUGGAGACCACCCCGUGUUCGACGGCGCAUUCCGCAUCGAUGGCGACAACCACCACAUUCAGACGGCGGAGCAAUACCAGAAGCUCCGGGGCGACGACGACCCUGUCAUCGACAGCCUUUCCGACGGCGAGGAACGCAUGGUAGUAUGGCGCGACUCGGACGUCAUGGAUUCCUCCGACGAGCACAACGAGCUGAAGCGAAGCGUUGGCGACGAGCCUCUGUGCAACGCCGAUACCCUCAACUUCAACAGCAAGUUUCACACCGAGACGCAAAGCCGCAAUGUGCUGCGCGCUGUCGAGUUCCGCUCCUUGUUUGGUCGCCAAUCCAUAGACGGCGGUGGUGGUAGCGGCUCGGGCUUGAAUCUCGUCAGCUCCAUCGGCUCCGUCGACGGAUGUCCCACCACGAGAAAGGUCGCCCUUGUCGGCAUCGCGACGGAUUGCAAUUACUGGGAGGGCUUUGACAACAAGGAGGACCUCACCAAGAACGUCAUCAGCAUGGUGAACAAGGCGUCCGAGGUGUACGAGAGUACCUUCAAGAUCUCACUGGGCAUCCAGAACCUCACCAUCCUCGACAAGGCGUGUCCCGCCACCGCUGCGGCUGCGACACCGUGGAACGUCGCCUGCGGGCCGCAGACGACCAUCAGCGAUCGCCUCAAUACCUUUUCCAGGUGGCGUGGUCAGUUCCAGGACGACAAUGCCUACUGGUCGCUGCUCACCAAAUGCGCCACGGACUCCGCCGUCGGCCUGGCGUGGCGCGGACAGCUGUGCCGUACAGGCUCCGGCGAUAACAGCGAUGGCAAGGGCAACAACGAGACUGUUGCCGCGACCAACGUCGUCGUUCGGACGGACACGGAGUGGCAGAUCUUUGCCCACGAAACAGGCCACACGUUUGGCGCAGUCCAUGACUGCACAAGCUCCACGUGUCCAGCGGACAUGUCGACGCAGCCAUGCUGUCCCCUGAGCAGCAGCAGCUGCGACGCCGGGGGCAAGUUCAUCAUGAACCCGUCGACGGGCAAGGGCAUCACCCAGUUCUCGGCGUGCAGCAUUGGCAACAUCUGCUCGGGGCUCAAGUCCAACAUGAUCAAGGGCAACUGCCUCACCGACAACAAGAACGUCAAGACUAUCACGGGCAGCCAGUGCGGCAACGGCAUCGUAGAGAACGGCGAGGACUGCGACUGCGGCGGCGAGGCCGGCUGCAAGGACAACAAGUGCUGCAACCCCAAGACGUGCAAGUUCCUCAGCGGCGCCGUCUGCGACGCGAGCAACGAGGACUGCUGCACCGACAAGUGCCAGUUCGCGACCAACGGCACCGUCUGUCGGGCCAGCACGGGCGUCUGCGACAUCGCGGAGACGUGUCCCGGCAACCACGCCAGCUGCCCCGAAGACAAGCACAAGAGCGACGGCGACUCGUGCGGCAGCGGCCUCCAGUGCGCGUCCGGACAAUGCACGUCGCGGGACCUGCAGUGCAAGAACAUGGCCAGCAGCCUCUCGGGCAUGAACAACACCUCGGCCUGCCCGGACAGCGGCUGCCUGCUCGCCUGCACGUCUCCCGAGAUGGGGCCCAACCAGUGCGUCACGUACAACCAAAACUUCCUUGACGGUACCGACUGCGGCGCCGGCGGCAAGUGCUCCAACGGCGCGUGCAAGGGCGCGUCGACGGCCAAGGAGAUUGGCGACUGGAUCCAGAACCACAAGUCCAUCUUCAUCCCCGUCGUGUCCGUGGUCGGCGGCCUCAUCCUCAUCGCCAUCCUCAGCUGCAUCGUGAGCGCCAUCCGCAAGCGCUCGUACCGCCGGAAGCAGCCCACACCGCCCGAGAUGAGCAACUGGCCGUCGUCAUACAACCGUGGCGGGCCACCGAACCGCGGGCCGCAACAAUGGAACCAGAACCAGCAAUGGGCGCAGUCCUCCGGCGCGCUUCAAGGCGGCCAGGGCCCUCCUCAGGGUUAUUACCCGUACCCGCCUCCCCCUCCGCCGACCAACGACGGGGAGAGGUGGCUGAACCGACAGCGAAGCAUGAGAUACGCAUAG